AUGAAUAGUGGAAACGGGCAGCUUGCAGUGCCACCAGGCUUCAGAUUCCACCCCACUGAAGAAGAGCUUCUAUACUAUUACUUAAGGAAAAAGGUGGCUUAUGAAGCUAUUGAUCUCGACGUUAUACGAGAUGUGGACCUCAACAAACUUGAACCUUGGGAUCUUAAUGAUAAAUGUAGAAUUGGAAGUGGCCCUCAAAAUGAAUGGUAUUUCUUCAGUCACAAAGACAAGAAGUACCCUACAGGAACUCGAACCAAUCGAGCAACUACUGCUGGAUUCUGGAAGGCUACAGGAAGAGAUAAAGCCAUUCAUCUUAGCAAUUCAAAGAGGAUUGGAAUGAGGAAAACACUAGUUUUUUACACUGGAAGAGCACCUCAUGGCCUCAAGACUGAUUGGAUCAUGCACGAGUAUCGACUUGAUGAUGACACCUCUGAUGUUCAGGAAGAUAGCUGGGUUGUUUGCAGGGUCUUCAAGAAAAAAAACCUCUACAAAUGCAAUAACAUCCCUUCUGAUCAAAUCCUCCCUCAAGAAACCAAUCUCAAUCUCUUCAAAGCUCCACCAUGCCCCAACUCAUUUCCCCAACCCCAAACUCACCCUUCAUUUGAUCACUUCUCCUUUCUCAGCAACAACCACAACAACAACAACACAAUGCAUCUUCCUCAGCUUCUCAGCUCCGAUCAGUCCUCGGCUGCCAUGCCGCCGCCUCCUCCUUCAUCUCUCCCAUUGACCUCGAGUGCUCUCACAAUCUCAUGA